AUGUCUAUUUAUUCAAAAACUUUCCCAUCUGUCAAGCAGUUGACUAAAACUUUACUUGAAGAACUUCUUAUUAUUCAAAAUAAGGCACAUCAAGUUCAAGCAGCCCGUGAGCGAGAAAAGCAAAUUGCAUUAUUAAGUUACCAAAAACUUACUGGGAUAAAACAAGGUAAAGAUGUCCGUGAAUUGGAAUCAAAAUUGAAAAAGUUAAAUGAAACUACAGAAGCAGUUGAACAUAAGGAAUUACAUGACAGUCAUAUCUUGAAAGACUACGUUCAACAGAAGGAAAUGAGUGUGCACCAAAGACAAAAUUUACAUAACAUGGUUACUUUCUUAAACAGUCAACGGGUGUAUAUUGAAUUAUUAGAAAGAUAUAACCCAGGAUUAACUAUGUCUCAAGAAGAUAAUGUCAGAAAGACCGCCAACAAGGUGGGUUUAAGUGUGCCACAAUAA